AUGGGUAUACCUAAGAUCUUAAUCAUUGGCUGCGGCGCUGUUGGCCUAUCGCAAGGAUAUCAUCUCUCUUUCGGCGCUGAGAUAACCUAUCUGGUACGACCUGGGCGUACUUCCGUCUUCCAGUCGCCAAAGAAGCUCUACGAUUACAAAGACAAUGCAUUGCGAAUCUUCGACAACUAUCGAGUUAUCGAGUCGCCCAGCGAAGCUACCGGCGAAGACCUCUACUGCAUCUUGGACACAAUGGACGGAUAUACAGCGCGCUCAGAAGGUGGCGCAUCAACAUUGAAGGCUGUUGGUGAACUGAUCCGCAAUCACCCAACGACGUUUGUUGCGUACAGUGCCAUCGGCCUUGACAUGGAAGAUCACUACGUGAGCACAAUGGGAAUACCGAGAGAGCGGCUUACUCUGGUGGGAAGUAUGCUCGCACAUCAACCGACAAAGAGCAUUCCUCUACCCGAAUCCACGGAUGUCAACUUGGCAGCUCAAGCCGAUAUUCUUUACUCGUGCAUUCGUGGCAAUUAUGGCUUGAUCGUCUUCAACUCGCAAGCAAAGCUUACGAAAGCACUAGGCGAAGUGUAUAGCAAGCACGAGAAGCUCCGCAUCCAAACCGUGCCAGGUUUCGUUGGGUCGUCCGGUACACUUUUGGGGACAUUGCACUUGAUCAGUUGGGGUAUAGAUGGCUUUCAACCGUUUGAGCACUUCCGGAACAAUAAGGGCCUGUGGAAUCUCAUGCUCCAGGCGCAGCGCGAGAUACUGACCCUGUCGCGGUUCGGAUUGAUGGGAUGGCUGUUGUCUUCGCUGAUAGGGUCUUGGGCGACAGUAAAGAUGAUCGUGGGCCCAAUAAAUAGUGCUUUGCCGUUACACUAUCAUAUGUUCAACGCGUUUCACCAUGGAGGGAAGGUUAUCAAGCAAGAUCUCAAGGUGCUAGAAGAUCUGGUAGUUGAGGGGCAAAAUGAAGGACAUGUGAUGGUAGCAUUGAGCGAGAUCAUUCAGAUGGCAGAGGAGAAAGUAGCGAAGAGGGUGCCUUCAUCCUGA